CUCUUGUUUCCCAUAAUUCCCAAAUAGAAGAGGCAAACAAAAAGCCUCUGAUUGCGUCUUAAUAUCAUUAAGUCAUAAAUAACGCUGCAAUAAUUAUUUUAAGAGACUUUUGAAACAUAACGUUAGUUGUUAUAUUCCUGCGCAUAUCAAAUUCACUGUUUCACACGCUCACCGUAAAUGUAUUGAGCUGUUGUAAGGAUGUUUUCUCCUAGAGAUCCACGAGGAGGAUGUCACUGAUCCUGUUUGCCUUCGUUGUCCGGGUCAGGGAUGGACUCCCUCUCUCCGCCUCCACUGAUUUCCUGCAUAAUAAGGAACUUCAGGAGAGAAAGCAACAGCUGAAAGUGAUCUCAAAAUCCCUAAGUUCAUUACCAGAGAGAGGGACAGUCAAGGGCCAUGAGCUCAACAUUCAUUUCCUCUCAUCUGAGGGUGUGUCCUACAUGACCGUAUGUGCAUGCAGUCUCCCUGCUGCCACGGCCUUCUGCUUCUUGGAAGACUUGCGCUGGGAAUUCACAACAUGCUUUGACAACUCUGCAGUGGCCCUGGCAAGCAGGCCAUACCCCUUUCUGGAGUUUGAUAGUGCCAUUCAAAAACUUCAGCAGCAUUAUAAUCAGAAAGGGGGUCCAUCUCUGGAGGUCACCCUGGCUGAAGUACAGGAAGACCUCAGAACCAGCCCCCCUCAGGUUCUCACCAUAGAGCACAUGACACUCACCAAUGGAGCAGCCAAUGGGCAUGUAGAACAAACAGCUGCAUCAGGUCAAAGUCAGAGAUUGGAACCAGUCUCCGCACCAGGGAUCCUCUCACUGGUUCUUAACAUCAUGUGUGCUGCCCUCAACCUUAUACGUGGUACCCAUCUUAUUGAAUACACCUUCCAGGAUGAUUAUGAUGGUUUGUGGAAUGUGGUGUCAUUUCUUUUGGCAUUUCUUUGCUGUGUUUGCCAGUGUCAUCUGUACUUGUUCCAUACCUGCCAGAAGAAGCUGAAGUCCUUUACUCUCCUGACUCUCAUCAUCUUAUGCAAUGCUUUUCUCUUUGGCCUGAGGAACAUCUGGCAGCUGGGCUUCCACAUGUCCGUGGCCUGCCUCUCCACGCUGCUCACCCUUCACCGCAAACUGCUGGACAGGAACAUGGACUGUGGGGUAUGAGGAGGAUUUCAGCUGGCCGUGGAUAGCAGUAGGGUGAGAGACCAAAAGAAUGGACGGGACUUUACAUGUGACCUGGUGGCUGGUCGCUUUUGUUUCAAUCUAAUGUUAUGAUCAAAUGUUGAUUUUGUUUCACAUGGAUAGUGAGUGCAAUGGCUUUUCUACAGGGGUCUUCAAUUCCAUUGAUGCAUAUCAGAAAUCAAGUUUUUAAUGACAUAUUAUAAAUGUAAAAUGGUGAAAUUGAUGAACAGACAUGAAGUAAGCGUUUUCUUGGUUAUGAAAGUUAAUUUUAUUUUAUUUAUUUGCUGCAAAAUAAGAAUACUCAUUGUUUAAGCUCAUGUGAGCUGUUAAUCUUUGUUUGCUUUUAUGUAUGAAGGAUUUUUUUGUUGUCCGUUUAAUUGUUAUAUAGCUAUAGAUGCACGUAUAUUGCAUAUAAAUAACUAAAAUUAGGCA